AUGACCAGCAAUUCUGAUGAAAUGCGUCUUUAUCAGGAAGCUUUUGCACUAUUCGAUAAAGAUCAUGAUAAAAUAAUAGCACCACAAGAAUUAGGUGUUGUUCUUCGUUCAUGUGGUUUAUCACCAUCAGAAGCUGACCUACAAAAAAUUCAACAACAAGUUGGUCGAAAAAUAGACUUUGAUACCUUUGUUCGAGUUGCACAAAAUUUUAAAGCAAAUAAUCAUGAAACAGAAGAUGAUAUACGUGAAGCUUUUCGUGUAUUCGACAAAGAUGGAACAGGUUAUGUCAGUGUUGCUGAACUGAAGCAUGCAAUGAUAUCAUUAGGGGAAAGACUUACCGAAGAAGAAGUGGACGAGUUGACACGUGAAGCUGAUAUUGAUGCUGAUGGACGAUGUAAUUGUGAAGAUCUGGUGCGAAUAUUGACAAACAAACAACGCUAA